AUGGAUAAAUUUGUAACAUCUAUUCGUUCACUUAAAAGACAAUAUGAGGACAACGAAUUUGAAACCGACAAUCCUGGACCGUCUGAACGCGAACCAUAUAUUCAAGAUAAUACAUCGUCUAUAAUGAAUGCAACAAUUGAUGAAAAAGAAAAUUACCUAUUAGAUGGUACAUUUUUUAAGAAGAUUUCAAACACUGGAUCAAAAAUGUCAGUUACUUGUUUAAACUGCAACAAAAAGAUAAUUGCGUACUCAGGUUCUACCGGGAACUUAUUGAGUCACUAUAAACAUGUGCAUCCGGGUUUGAUGACUGAAUUAAAGGCUUACAAAAUAAAGAAAUCUACUUCUACUGGUGUGUCAAAACAGUCAAAACAAAUUACAAUAUGUCAUUCUACUGAAAACUCUGGAUUCAAGAGGAAAUGUUCGAAAGAAAAGGUUACCGAAUUGGUUUUCAACUAUAUUGUAGAAGAGAUGAAGCCGGAUAUCAACAUGUGA